AUGUCCAAGGCUAGAUACGCCCGAGAUGAACAGGUCCAAUCGCCCUUCCAAGCCAUCCUCGAGUAUGAGAUCGAAAACGGCAUUCCAAAGGGCUACAUCAACUACUCGAUCCGGGAGCUGACGCCGGACGGGGCGUGGCACAAGCUGGAGCGCGGCGAGAUCCCCAACGACGAGGACUACUUCCGGCUGUUCAAGGCGGACCUGGAGCGGGCGGACCUGUGGGCGCGGUUCCACCGCGAGAAGCUGUCCAUCACGGACCCGUCGAAACUGCCGCCCGUGCCCAACUUCGACACCAAGACGCUGUACUGGAACAUGAUGACCUACUCGCGCAACCCGGACCCGUGGAUGUACCCGGCGCUGCUCAAGCUGCAGGCCGACGGGCGGUACCGGUUGGCGGCGCUGUCCAACACGACCGUCUACCCGGAGGGCCACCCGUUCAACAACCCGUCGCCCGUCGACGUGCGCGACGUCUUCGAGAUCUUCGUCUCGAGCGCCCACGUCGGCAUGCGCAAGCCCAACCGCGACAUCUACGAGUACGCCCUGGCCCUGAUGCGCGAGAAGUGGGGGUCCGACAUCCAGUUCCACGACAUCGUCUUUCUCGACGACAUUGGCGAGAACCUCAAGACCGCCCGCGCCCUGGGCAUGCGCACCAUCCGCGUCGUCCUCGGCAAGACAAAGGAGGCCGUCCAGGAACUAGAAAAGAUCACCGGCUUGACCUUGGUGGGUGAGCCGUGGUCCCAGGACAAGGCCAAAUUAUAG